GCAUAUUGUUGUUCUCUAAUUAAGUUUAUAAACAUUAACAAAUAGUACGAUUUCAUUCCGACUAUACCUAACAGACUGUAAAACAUUUAUGGAUUAUAUAAUAAACAUUACUUAAUGAUGCCAAAAUUAGCUAACCAAGUAGAUAUGUAUAAAGUUCAUCAAAUCAAUAUACCUAAAAGUGGUCGAUGCAAUGAGCUUAAAAAGCUUUUUACACUAGCAUUACCUACAAUGAUUUCACAGCUCUUACGCUUUAUUAAUCCUUCAAUCAGUGUAAUGGUUUGUGGACAUUUAAGUCGAGAAGAAUUAGAUGCUUCAUCAUUAGCUAACUGUAUAAUUAAUAUAUUUGGUUUAAGUAUUGAUACAGGAUUUUCAAGUGCAUGUGAUACUCUUUUCUCACAAGCCUACGGAAGUCGCAAUCGUGAACUGAUGGGGACACUGCUUCAAAGAGCUUUAUGCGUUGUAUGCUUAAUGUAUAUGAUAUUGGUAUGCAUACAUUUAAAUAUUGAAACAAUAUUAUUACUACUUGGUCAAGACCCUUUAAUUGCAUCCCUCACAUCAGAAUAUAUCGCAUACUUUCUGCCUGGUCUUGGGUUUGAUUUUCUAUUCUUAACAUUUGCACGAUACUUACAAACACAAAAUAUUGUUCAACCUAUGGUGUAUUCAGCAUUUACGGGAACAGUUUUUAACGUGUUUGCACAGUAUUAUUUUGUGAUUCGAUUUAACUAUGGACUGCGUGCUUCAGCUAUAUGCCUUUCAUUAUCCUUCGCUUGUAUGUUUCUCUGUGAAUUGGGAUAUAUAUUAACUUCCAAAGUUUAUAAAGAAACAUGGAAUGGAUUCAGUCUUAACUGUGCACUCAGUAAUUGGGGUAAAUUUUUCAAAUUAGGCAUCCCUGGUGUUUUAAUGGUUGGACUUGAAGAAUGGUGUUUUGAAAUUAUGACGCUAUUGGCUGGUACUCUUGGAAGUAUAACUUUGGGAGCUCAGGCCAUCGUAUUUCAGAUUCAGUCCAUAAUAUAUAUGGUUCCUCUUGGAUUGUUUACAGCAGUAAAUAUUCGUGUUGGUCAAAAACUCGGUGCAUUUGAUCCGGCUGGUGCUCGCUAUGUAUACGUCACUGCAUUGACAAUCAUUUCUGUAGUAGCAUUAUGUACUGGUUUACCUGUUUUACUCCUACGACACUACAUUCCUUAUAUGUUCACAUCAGAUAAGGAAGUUUGUUCAUUAGCUAGUCAGCUUUUACCGAUGCUAUUACUUUUCCAGUUUUUUGAAGGAUUUGCUGGUAUAUCAGAGGCUGUUUUAUUAGCUUCUGGGCGUCAAAGUCUUGGAGCAGUUACGAUAUUUUUUGGUUAUUAUUGCAUUGGGAUGCCAAUUGCUGCAUUACUGACUUAUCGUACAUCACUUGGAAUAUUAGGAUCAUGGGUUGGUUUAACCAUUGGUUUUGGAUUAACAACUGUGGUUUAUACAAUACUUGCACUACGAACAGAUUGGAUUGAACAAGUUAAACUAGCCAAAAAUAAUGUUACGGAUCGAUCACCGGUCUUUUCGAUAAAUAAUAUUGGAGAACAUGAAUUUAACUACUUACAUUUAGAAAAUGAUAGUGCAGAUGCUUCCAGUGUAUCACUACUACAACAAUCUACUCCAACAUUUAGUAACACAGAAAAUUCUCUGCACUCUCGUAAAACUACACAGUCAAGAAGAAUAAACCAUAAAGAUUUUACUUUAAAGUGUCUAUUGAUAAAAUGUAGUCUAAUUUUCACCUUACUUCUACUCAUCAGUCUAUCAGUGUACAUACGUUUCUUACAUUCCAUUCCAUUAUGGUAUACAUAUUGCAUGGAACAAUCGAAUUCUUCAAAUAUAUCAUCUUUCUGUUUACGUAUCAUGCCAGUAAACAGUUAUUCAUUAAAUUCAAAAAUGAACAUGUCUUAUUCAUUACUUCCAACAGAUCAUAAUAAUGAUAAUAAGACUAUAUAAUUUUCAGAAAUUUCCACACACACAGAGUUCUCCAUCAACCAAAUUUCUUAAUUUUCAUUAUUUUUUUAUACUAUUUUAUCUUAUUUUUAAUUUUUUUGUUUUUUGGACAAAUAAACAGCAACUACGAAAAAGAUAUUCUUUCUCUUUCUUAAUAAUCACUUGGAUGCACAUGUUUGUUUUUUUGAAUUGAUUAACAUUUUAAAAGUUCUAAUUUAUGUUUUUUUUUCUACAAAUAUGUUUUCUAUCAUACACAAAACAACAAAAAAAACAUAAUUUUCGAAAUAUUGUGAAUUUUUUUUGGCUGUUUUGUGAUCUCCAAAAUGUUUGUAUUAUUAGUUUACAUGUAUAUAUGUAUACCCAUCCAGUGAUAUCAUUUUUCACUUUCAUACACAUAUGAUUAGUUUUUAUGCAAAUUUAAUUCUUUAUUCACUAGAAAAUAUUAAUCACGUAAAAUUGCAUCAAACAAAUAAUGUAUUUUGUUCAUUUAUUUUGAGUAAUUUAUAUUUAAAAAUAUACUCACCGAUCAUGGUAUGUCUAGGUUUUAUGAAGGCAUGAAAUUUGUUUAUGCUCUACAUACAAUUUGGUGUAUAAUGAAUGAACAACAAAAAUCUCAUCAACAUUUCACAUGAUCCACACACUUAUCAAUUGAGAAACAAUAAAAUUCUUAAGAAUAAGCUAAAAGUCAGAUUCUAUUUUGCACAGAGCAUAUUUUGCAGAUGUAUGUAUGUG